AUGGCUCAGUUGGAGAACGAAGCCGCCAUCAAAGAUGCCGAGGCCUUAAAACAGUUUAAAGACAAGCUGUCCGACCUUCUGACCACUGAAGAUGACCACAGUCUGUUGAAAUGGCUGAAAGCCCGAAAUUAUGACGUUGCCAAGGCUGAAGCCAUGUUUAGAACGAGUAUGGCUUAUAGAGAGAAGAUGAAAGUGGACAGCCUUCUCAGCGACUAUGAUCCUCCGGAGGUUCUCAAAAAAUACAUGACUGGAGGCAUGUGUGGACACGACAAAGAGGGAUCGCCCAUCCGUGUCGAGCUGUACGGUCACCUGGAUAUGAAAGGGUUGAUGUACUCCGCUAGGAAGCUCGACAUGGAAAAGGUCAAGCUUCGACAGUGCGAGGAACAUGUCAAAGACAUGGCGGAGAUGUCCAAAAAGCUGAACAAGCGAGUAGACGGCAUUACAGUCAUCUUUGACAUGGAGGGCGUGUCUAGCAAAAUGUUGUGGAGGCCAGGUCUGCAGAUGUAUCUGCAUCUUGUACGGGUACUGGAGGACAACUAUCCUGAAAUGUUGAAACGGAUGUUCGUUAUCAACGCACCAAGAAUCUUCCCACUCCUGUACAAGAUCUGCCGCCCUCUGAUCAGCGACGAUACUAAGAACAAGAUUCAUGUGUUGGGAAGCGAUUUCCAGUCCACCCUGCUGCAGUACAUCGACGCCGAGGAGUUGCCAGCUUAUCUUGGAGGUACAAAAACCGAUCCUGAUGGCAACCCCAGAUGUGAAACUCUAAUAUGCCAAGGAGGUGAGGUGCCCGAGGAAUAUUACUUCAAAGAUGUUGACAGCGCUGAGCACCUGCAGACCGCAACAGUGGCCAGGGGAGACAAGUUUACCGUUGAUGUUGAAGUUUGCAAAGCCGGCAGCAUCUUACGAUGGGAAUUCAAAACGGAUGGAUUUGAUAUUGGAUUUGCUGUGUUCCGAAAUGAGGGCAGCGAAGUCAUUCCAGUUGUCCCCCUUGAGCGUGUGAACAGUCACAUGGUACCAGAAGAUGGAUCCUACACUUGCGAUGUUCCAGGAAAAUACAUAGUGGUGUUUGACAACACAUUUAGCUGGGCCAGAGGAAAGCAGAUCCAUUACAGCGUAGAAGCCAUCCAACCGGUGGAGGCAGGAGUGACCUUAGAAAUUAACUCCAUGUUGAAAAGUGACUUCAGUUGGGAUGAUGUAGCUAGCAGAAUGGGUGACAAUAUUAUAUCUAUUAGACUGUAA